AUGUCUCUUCCAAAUCACACGUCACCUCCUUUAUCUUCAUCUUCCUCCAAGCAGUCCAUCCGAGGUACUCUUGGAUCGACAGCUCCGUCUCGCCCAAGACACAUCGAACGACCCCCGACAGCACAACAUAUCGACAACGGCAUACCUGCGGAACAACAGAGCCACGAAGCGGCAGAGACAACUGGAUCAAUACAUUACGAGGAAGAAACAAACCAUCGGGAUAACUCACCGUCGUCGUCGCAGCAACAAUUUCAACCGUUCUUCACCUUGAUCGAGGACGCCGCUUCGUCCGAAUACUACCACCCCACCGUUCACUACAUUUUCUCUGACGAUGACGCCGAUAUCGUAACAGAAGCAGCUUUACGAUCGCUGGAAACAGGGCAGGAUAGCUUUCCCUAUUCCGCAAAGGGCUCUUCAAGACCAACGCGCGAUCAGCAGCAAGAGGGCGAAGGCGAAGAGGACACAUAUGGACAGGACGGCGAGCUUUCAGGCUCGAGAAAGGAAUCGUUACUCCCUCCUCCCAUUCCAGGAGUGCGGGAUAACUUCAUCAUUCUAGACGUGGAACCUACGUCUUUGGAUGGCCAAGGAAAUGGAGAAGCCGAUCCCGGCCUCACAGCAGCAGCAGCAGGCACGAAGUCUAUCUCGACAUCACCUGCAACCCAAACACUACCGCAACCCCAACAACAACGACAAUCGCAACCGCAACAACCACCUCCACAGUUUACGGUGACAUCAUCCAAUAGCUUAACACCGGCAUGGCAAGUCAUGGGAACACAGCUAGUGCCAGCCCCGACCUUCGAGAAUAGUGCAUCCGGCGAGCAGCCUUCGAACGGUGGACUUAUGCUGAAAAUCCACGGCACGGCGGGAUUGCCUCCGAACAUAGCUAGCAAAGACAAAGACAAGGAGAAGGGCAGUCAACGAUUGGAGGAUAUGAUGGAUCAGUUUGCAAAGCGCAUGAGCGAACUUAGGCAGAUCAUCGAUGUUGGAGAAGAAGGCCAGUCCACGGAAGAGGAGCGUCCCGAUGAGCCACCUUCGGAGCAGCCUCAAGGAAUCGAAAACAAUGGAGAACUAGGUGAAUUACCAGGUGUUGUUCAGGAUGAAGUGGAGGGCGGAGGUCAAAACGGCUCCCCUGGUGAAGACGAGGCGUCUCAUUUCUCAGACACAGCAGCAUAA